GGGAUUUUUAGUGCUGCAAAGAGAAGACCUCGCCGCCUCCUUCUCUUCUCUCUGCACUGAACAUAAAUAAUUCUGUAGCUGUUACAGUUAACAAGUAAUCAAGAUGGUGAAGUUCACAGCUGAAGAGCUUAGAAACAUUAUGGACUACAAGCAUAACAUUCGUAAUAUGUCUGUUAUUGCUCAUGUGGACCAUGGAAAAUCUACUCUCACCGACUCUCUGGUGGCGGCUGCUGGUAUUAUUGCUCAGGAAGUCGCAGGUGAUGUCAGAAUGANUAUGAAGGUCAGAAUCAUGGGUCCCAACUAUGUACCUGGUGAAAAGAAGGAUUUGUAUGUUAAGAAUGUGCAGAGAACUGUUAUUUGGAUGGGUAAGAAGCAAGAAACUGUUGAGGAUGUCCCUUGUGGUAACACUGUUGCUAUGGUCGGUCUUGAUCAAUUUAUUACCAAGAAUGCAACAUUGACCAAUGAGAAGGAAGUCGAGGCCCAUCCAAUCAGAGCAAUGAAGUUUUCUGUCUCACCAGUUGUGCGAGUUGCUGUUCAGUGCAAGCUUGCAUCUGACCUUCCCAAGCUUGUUGAAGGGUUGAAGCGUCUGGCUAAGUCUGAUCCUAUGGUUCUUUGUUCUAUUGAAGAGUCUGGAGAGCAUAUCAUUGCUGGUGCUGGAGAACUCCACCUUGAGAUCUGCUUGAAGGACUUGCAGGAUGAUUUCAUGGGCGGUGCUGAAAUUAUAGUGUCUGAUCCUGUUGUGUCCUUCCGUGAGACUGUCCUUGAGAAGUCUUGUAGGACUGUGAUGAGCAAGUCUCCUAACAAGCAUAACCGUUUGUACAUGGAAGCUAGACCCAUGGAGGAAGGUCUUGCUGAGGCUAUUGAUGAUGGACGCAUUGGCCCUAGGGAUGAUCCCAAAGUUCGUUCCAAGAUCUUGUCUGAGGAGUUUGGCUGGGAUAAGGAUCUUGCAAAGAAAAUUUGGUGCUUUGGUCCAGAGACAACUGGUCCCAACAUGGUGGUGGAUAUGUGUAAGGGAGUUCAGUACCUGAAUGAAAUUAAGGAUUCUGUUGUUGCUGGUUUCCAGUGGGCUUCCAAGGAAGGUGCAUUGGCUGAAGAGAACAUGAGAGGUAUUUGCUUUGAAGUCUGUGAUGUUGUUCUUCAUGCUGAUGCUAUUCACAGGGGCGGUGGCCAAGUUAUUCCCACUGCUAGGAGGGUUAUCUAUGCUUCUCAGCUUACCGCCAAGCCCCGCCUGUUGGAGCCUGUUUACCUUGUGGAGAUUCAGGCUCCAGAGCAAGCCCUUGGUGGCAUCUAUGGUGUUCUGAACCAGAAGCGUGGACAUGUGUUCGAGGAGAUGCAGAGGCCAGGAACUCCUCUUUACAAUAUCAAGGCUUACCUUCCUGUCAUCGAGUCGUUUGGAUUCUCAGGUACCUUGAGGGCUGCUACAUCUGGUCAAGCUUUCCCACAAUGUGUGUUCGAUCAUUGGGACAUGAUGUCAUCUGAUCCAUUGGAUGCUGGUACACAAGCUCAUCAACUCGUCCUUGAUAUCCGCAAGAGGAAGGGUUUGAAGCAGGCGGUGACUCCUCUGUCUGAGUUUGAGGACAAGCUAUAAGAUGGAUGUUCAAGCUGGCAAAAGAUAUUUAACCUGCUCAAUUGGAGCUUCUAUAGUUUUGUUUGCAUUUAUCUGUUUGGACAUUAAUUUGAACUUUUUGUCUUGUAUUAGGAUGCUAGUUUGUAAGCUUGUUGUUGCGGGACUUGUUACACCUGUCUUUUACGGUGUUAAGAGUGUUACUGCCGUGUUUUAUUUAAAGAUAUCUUUCACUUCAUUUA